AUGUUAUCUUUGAGAAAUCCGAAUACCAAUCAUCCGAACCAGCUUGUUGCUCGUAUGAAAGAAUUGAAUUUCCAUGAUCAUGAUCCAACGGUCAAGCUGCCUUGUGUUCGUCAAGGCCAUACCAUGAUCGGAAGAGUAGUACCAUCAUCAGUCUCACCCAACAUGAUGUUAGAAAUUUACAUUUCAAGCGGAAGAACCAAUAGUCAAAAAACAAGCUCUUCUCGAUCAUCACAUCAAAGGAAUAUUCUCAACGAUUUAUGGAAAGGUCAAUUCGUAUUGAAUCAUAAUGAUUAUAAUAAUAAUACUAAUAAUCAUUUGAAUAAUCCUACUUUAGAUUUUUCCAAAAUUUGUUGGACAGAAUUCACGAACUUGGAUUCCAAAGAAAGACAUAAUCAUACAAGUGUUUAUUUUGAAAAGUUAAACAAGAUUAUUACCUUUGGUGGAAGUAAUCCCGAGGAAUAUUGUGAUAGUUUAUGUUUUAUUGAUAUCCGUCAGCAACAACAACCUACUGUCGAGAAUUUGAAUAAACAACAACUCAUGCAAGAAUGGCCUAAGAACAAGACAUGGAAAGAAAUUAAACCUAAAAAUUCUCCACCAAAGGGUAGAUGUUGGCAUGCAUCACAAAUGUAUAAAGAUAGAUAUUUAUUGGUGUGUGGUGGAUUCUACACAAAAGGUCGUGAACUCUACUUGAAUGAUUUAUGGAGCUUUGACAUGGAAACCUUACUAUGGACUUGUUUAAUAGAAAACAACGAUAAAAAAAACAUCAAUGCAAUGCAACAACGAAAUAGACAUGGAAUGUUUUUAUGGAAUGAUUUACUAUUUGUAUUGGGAGGAAAUUAUUUUGAUGGAUCUAGAGAUCAUUUUCUACAUGAUAUGUAUUAUGUGGAUUUAUCACGAUGUGAAGCGCUUAUCGAGUCAAAAAUAGUGAAAGUCAAAAGCAUUUCUUGGACGAGCAUGACUAUUGUCAUCAACGACGAUGAUGCAAGCAAAGAAUUUCUGAAUGAAGGAAGAGGACAUUUUACCUCAAUCACAUUACCAACAAGUACGUGUGAAGGUAACAAUUCUCAAGUGAAUUUUCUGUUAUUUGGAGGUGAAUCUUACAAGAAGAGACACAAUUCGUUUAUUCUUCUAACCAUCCAACGAGUACAGGAGUGA